AUGGCCAGCUCCUCGAGGAGGAGACACCUGCUGGCUUGCGCAGCUACAACGGGCGCUGAGCCAAGCUAUUUCCAAGGUAACGCCCUGCUAGCCUCCUUCACCGAUCCGGCCACUGGCGACUCGGCGCUGCACCGCGCCGCCGCCGCCCGCAAUGUUUCUUUCAUUAAUGCCAUCCCCACCAGCUUCGGCACUGUGGUGAUGCCGAGUACGGCGCGGCUGCUGUGGGUUCUGUACACGCACCAGAACCAUGCUGGUGACACAGCACUGCAUGCAGCGGCAAGAGCGGGAAGCCUCCCGGGCGUCACGGGCGUCUACCCCGUCUUCCACGGUGACUCGCCCAUGUCUGAGCCUCAUGAAUAG